AUGGCUCUUCAACGGGCUCUGGAUAAACUCUGGGAAUGGUCUGUCUUGUGGUUGCUGCCUAUAAACCGGGCAAAGUGUUCAGUGCUGCGUAUCGGAGCGUCUGAUUCCUCCACAAGUUAUGCGCUCGAUGGGACUGUACUUCCUCACGUGACUCAUCAGGUUGAUCUAGGUGUAGUGACCUGGAGAUUCCCCUGUUUGGCUGCCGCAUGCUGCGUAAAAUAUUACAAAAUCACAAAAUUAUAUUUUCUCGAUGUACAUAGCAAAAUAGCCGCUCGCCUGUUUGAACGUUGCUCGCGUUUGUUUGAGUCAACAUAG